UGUAUCAUUUAAGAGGAAACAAAAAAAUCAUUUAAGAAUAUUAUUUAAGAAAUAUUAUUAAAUAAAUUUUUUGAAAAAGUUACAAAUUUCUGUAUUUCCAUAAAUAUGUUUAAAAAAAAAACAAUUUAUAGUAAAUUUUAUAUGCAGUAUAGUUCACAUAGUUAGUGAUCUGAAUAUGAAUAUAGUGUAUGUAUAUAUUGUUGAUUUAGUAUAAUGGCAGUCAAUGGUAAGAUUUAUAAAAAUCUUGUCGAUGAAAAUCUUGUAGUGAAAUAUAAUUAUUAAAAAUCUGUAAAUUUAUUUUUAAAAAGCAAACAUUUAUAUAUACAUUUUAUAUUAAUUUAAUAUUAUAAAAAUUUAAUAUUAUAAAAAAUCAAAUUUUAUACGGUUAAAGUUAUAUUAAAAAUUUUUAAAUUUAAUCAUUUUAACAUAUUAUCUAAAUAAAUUAUUAUUAAAGAUAAUUAAUUCAUUAUGAAACAAAAAAAAUUGAAAAAUGAAAAAUUGAUAAAAAAUAAAAAAUUUAAAAGAAAAUGUAUAUCUUCAAAAAUAUUGUAUAAUCAAAAAUAUUCUAAACCUUUAAAAAGAAAACACAGAAAUGAAUAUGAUCCAAAAGAAGAGGCUAGGUUAGAAAGAAUUGUAUUUGGUGAUCCAAGUGAUAUAAUAAACAAUUUACCAAACGAUGAUUCUGUUAAGUUAAAUAUUAAUAAAAAUAAUAAUGAUAUUUCUAUAUCUAAUGAUUUAAAUAAUGAUUUGAGCAUACAAACUGAUAUUUGUGAAGAAUAUAGUAAAACGGCAGCAUGGAUUGAUGAAGAUGAUUUUCAUUAUUCCAUACAAGAUGCUGAAAAGGCACAGAAUCGCAAAGUAGCAGAUGAUGUGCCAGAAAAAUUAUAUAAAGAUUUUUUAUGUAACAAAUAUAUACAGCUCGUGGGUAAUCCAAAAUGGGCUAAGCUUGAAAAAAUUGAUAAAGAAUCUGAUGAUUUAAAUAAUGAAAUAUUAAAGCAUAGUAAUCAUUUGGAAAAACCUAAAAUAAAAAAUUUAUCAAAAAAUAAAAUUGAUAUAAAAGCAUUAUCACCAAUUAAUAAACAAACACAUAUGGAAGGGCCUAUUAUAUCAAGUGUUGAAUUUCAUCCAUCUUCUACUGUAGCCCUGGUUGCUGGUACAUCUGGAAUUUUAUCUCUUUUCCAAGUAGAUGGUAUUGAGAAUAAUAAAUUACAUUCAGUACAAUAUAAGAAAUUUCCUAUUAGUACAGCAAAAUUUUUGAGAGAUGGUACAGAAGUAUUGAUUGGUUCUCAAUAUUAUGGACAUUGUCAUUCCUACAAUUUGAUAAAUGGAAAAACAUAUAAAAUGCAAUUACCACGUGGGAUUACAAAUAUGCAGAAAUAUGAAGUAUCUCCAGAUGGAAAAUUAUUAGCAAUUUGUGGACGAUCAGGUGAAAUUUUUUUAUUAACAACUUCUUCUAAAGAAGUUAUCAGUACUUUGAAAAUGAAUGCUAAAUGUAGAGCAUUAGCCUUUACUCCAGAUAGUAAUAUGCUCAUUACACAUGGUGACAGCAAUGAAAUGUAUAUUUGGGAUGUAAAUAAUCGGAUAUGCAUUCAUCGAGCUGUAGAUGAUGGAUGUUUAUCCUGUGCCUCUAUUGCGAUGUCUCCAAAUGGUCAAUUUUUAGCAACAGGUAGUAAAGAAGGUGUAGUUAAUGUGUAUAAUAGCAAGACAGUAUUACAAAAUCAAAAUCCUGUUCCUUUGAAAAUUGUUCUCAAUUUUGUAACAUCAAUUACAAGUUUGAAAUUUAAUUCUUAUUCCGAAAUUUUAGCAAUGGCUUCAGAUAAAAAAUAUAAUGCAUUCAAAAUGAUGCAUUUACCAUCAUUUACUGUUUUUUCAAAUUUUCCUACAUAUCAAACAAAAAUAUCAAUGCCUCAAGCUAUUGAUUUUUCACCAGGUAGUGGUUAUUUAGCAAUUUCCAACAAAUCAAAUACUGCCUUUUUAUAUAGAUUGAAACAUUAUGGAAAUUAUUAGUAUUUUAAAAAAUUUUAAUAAUUUUUCAAGAAGAUAGUUUAAACUAAAUGAUAUUUAUAAUUUACUUCAAAAUAAUGUAUUAAAAUGUAUAAAAAUAAGGAUAAUACAUUUAAUAAUUGAUGAAAAAAUUUAUUUUUUUUGUCCUUUUUAUAUACAAACAAAACAAAUUUUUAUAUUUUAUCAAAUCUGUAAUGAACUUUUAUAGCAACAAUUAAUUAUUGGCAAUAAUAAUAUAAUAAUAAUGAAAUGAUAAUGAUGAUAUUAAUAUUAUAAACAAUAACACUGAUAUAUUUCAUAUAACUAUAAAAAAUUAAAUAUUAUUAAAAAAUAUUUAUUUUUAUAGAAAACUAUAAUAAAAAAUAUUUAUUUUUUAUGAUUGAAAAAUAUAUAUAUUAAAAAUAGUUAAAUAAUACAUUUUCAAUUAGAUAUUGCAUCCCUUAUUUGUUGUAUUUAUUAAAAUUAUUAUUAUACUUCAAUGAUUUGGUUAUUAUGUAUAUAUUAUAGAUCAAUAUUUUUCUUAUUAUUUUAAACAAAAAAAGUACUACUUAAGUACUUAAUAUUAUUGAAUUUAGAACAUUCAUUGUAAUUGCAAUUUUAAUAAAAUACUAAUUUGGAAUAUGACUGUAUGGUAAAGCAUAAAGCAAAGUUUAUAAAUAUCAAUUUUUAUAAUAUUUUUAUAGUAUUGAAUUUGUAUUACAAUUAUAUAAGAAAAGGAUUAAAAAAUGAUAUCUAUAAAAAAAGGAAAAGGUGAGGUAUAAAUGAUAUUCGUAAAAACAUAAUUACCUCCUUUGGUCAAUCAUAUAAAUUUGUAUAAAAAAAUUAUUUAUAAUAGUAAAAGUAUAUUUUUUAACAUGUGUAAUACAAUACAUCAGAGCCGCGCAAGUAGAAGUGUCGCAUACAAGAGUGUUUGUCAUCGUUUGAUAUGAUGAUAAAUUGCAGGCAAUGAUAGCCAUCAAAGUGAAAUGUUACCUAUGUUAUAUAGUUGCAUAGGUAAGCACAUAAAAGUUUAACAAUACUUGAAAACAUAUGUAAAUAUCUAUAUAGUAUGAUACUUCGUUUCAGAUCAUUACUCGUGCAAAGAUUCACCGAUUUUUGCUCCAUUUAUGGCAAUAUGAAAAUAUUCCAAUAUGGGCGACUGCCUGCGCGGCUUUGCAAUAUAUAACACACAUCACACACUACACAUACACAUACGCACGCAUGCACGCCGCCACAUACACACAUACAUACACAUGUGUAUACGUAAAUACGCGCGCCUAUAUAUGCUAAAGUCUUUGUCUUAAAAUACAUAAUAAGUGUAUUUAUACACGCACAUCAUCUAUUUUUAUAAUUAUUUGGUUCACAAUCUUCCAUAUAUAUAUAUAUAUAUAUAUAUAUAUAUAUAUACAUAUAUAUAUAAAAAAUUUCAUUUAUAAUUUUUAUAAUUUUUUGUAUCAUGAUUUUAGAAAAUUUCAAUUUUCGUGUAAAUUUACUUAUUUACUUAUGAUAUCAUUACAAUUUAAUUUGUAUACAUACAAAAUAUUUACUACUAUACUAUAUACAGAAGUUUUUGACUUAUUGGUCAUUAAAGAAAUUUUUUUUAAGUCUUCAUCUCUUUUUUCAAUUUUGAACUUUCUAUGUUAGUUUGUUCAAUUUCUAUAUUCCUUUGGUGAAUAGGUGUAAGAAACACUAGCUAUUGGUCCCCAGCAGUUGUAGCAAGAGCACUAGUAUCUCCACUACUACUUUCAACUAUAAGCAUUACAGUUUCUGCAGCUCCUCUUACACAUUCUACUUGAUGACCUGCCCAAUCUUUGCGUUGACAAAAUGUAGAGCAAUAAGGUGUUCGCCUGCAUAAAGAACAUUCUGCAAAUGCUUCUCUAUUACAAUUUGCACACUAAAAAUAAAUAAAUAUUAUGAAAAAAAAAAGCAACCAACCUGCAGUUGAUCUGAUGUGAUGACGUUGAAGGUCGUGCCGUUGGAUGAAUUUGCUACACCAAUGAUAGAACCAACAGGCAAAGAAACCGGUACACCAACUCCUGGAACACCAGGAACACCCGGUACUGGAGUGACGCUUGCCGUCACGGUAACGGGAUGCGCCUUGUGCUCGGUCGUUAGGGCAGACGCCUCCUCGGUUUCGCUCGUCAACGGUUCGGACAUGUCCGGUAGCACGGCGACACUUUCCGAUGUUUGACUCUCCUCCAUUUCGGCUGUUCUCGCCUCUCGCAUACACUAUGGCGUCAGCGCACGCUCAACACAGCGCCACGACUUUUUGUCUGCGAUUACUCGCGAUCAGACAAGUUCGAGUUUACUCGACGUUUCUAUGUUAUUCACGAUUGAAUCAAAAUUACAAGUAUCGUUAAACAAAUCAAACGAUUAACGCUCAACGGAAGAAAAUAAUUUUAACCUUCUUCUUUUUUUUUAAUUAAAUCGCAUAAUAUUUAGACCGUGGAAUACAUGUUUUUAGAUAUAUCAGUUUUCAAGCAUUCGUUAGUUCUGCGUUCGUUAGUCAAAGUGCAUUCUUUAUCAAACGAAUAGUGAAUUUUUUUGAAUAAUUUAUCACUAUUUUUUCGUUUCAUCUUUUUUCUGUAAUUAUUAUUUAUAUAUUUUCUGUAAUUAUUCUCUUGUAAUAAUAAAAUAAAAUUGUAUAUAUAUUAUAUAUAUUUAUAAUAAUGUAUAGAUACUAUAUAAUUGUAUUAUUAUUAUAUUCUGUUGUAACAUGUAUAAAUAUUGAUUCAUGGAAUCCUAUUAAGAGAUUUCGACAUUUUUGGCGAACAAUCAAUAAUCAUGAAAAUGAAUCAUUACCAUUUAAUUUUCAAAAAAAUAAAUUACAAUCAUUGAAUGUUCAAAAUAUCAUACCGAAUCAUAGUGAUAGAGAGAAACGACGUAAGUUUAAAAUUUAUUUUUUCUUAAAGAUAUAUAUAUAUGUAUUAAGUUUAAUAGAAUAAUUUUAUUUA